AUGGAAGUUAAGAAGGAUCCAAGCUUCCGAUGGACAGGAAGGAUGAAGUCUCCUCCCCAGAACCGUAAUGCUCGGAAAUUUUGUGAGUAUCAUAAUGAUCAUGGGCAUCAAACCGAGGAUUGUAUCAGUCUUUGGUUCGAGAUUGAAAAAUUUCUGAGGAAUGGAAAGCAGAGGCGUGAGGAACCGUGGGUUUCACAGAAUCAACAGCAGAGUCCCCAGAACCAAGCUAUUAUUGGCGAGAUUCGUACCAUCUCGGGAGGCCUUGUUAGUGGAGGAGAAUCAAGCUCGGCGAGGAAGGCUUAUGCCAAGCAGGCAAGAAUGGAAGAAAUUCUAGUACUUGAAAAACCCUCCAAAGUCCAGAAACAAGAACCGAGUAUUCUAACCUUUUCGGAGGAAGAUGCGAAAGAAGUCUCGAUGCCACAUGAUGAUGCGUUGGUAAUAACUCUAACGGUGGCUAACCAUGCCGUUCACCGAGUGUUGAUAGACCAUGGAAGCUCGGCUGAUAUCAUUUAUUGGACAGUUGUUCAACAAUUGGGCAUUGGCCAAGAGAAGUUGAAGCCUUUCCUGUCACCAUUGAUAGGAUUUGCAGGUGAGCGUGUCCAACCCAUUGGGUUGAUUGCUCUUCCAGUCACAGCGGGGACCGCUCCUAGACAAUCCACUAUCAUCGUGAAUUUUUUGGUCAUCGACCGACCAUCAGCUUAUAACAUGAUCAUCAGUCGUCCAGCUUUGAAUCAAUUGAGAGCGGUUACUUCUACCUACCACUUGAAAGUGAAGUUUCCAACCAUUGAGGGAGUCGGCGAGGUUACCAUACGUCCUUAA